AGCAGGAUGAGGAAGUAAGAGAGAAGCGCUGGCAGUACAGGGGGAGCGUUAGUGACACACAGAGAGAGGACUAUGAUCGAGGGCUGGAGCCCGGUUCUGCAGAGCCUCCUGGGCACAUUCUUCACCUGGGGGCUCACCGCCGCCGGGGCUGCUCUGGUUUUCAUCUUCUCGCACGGCCAGAAACAAAUACUGGAUGGAAGUCUUGGUUUUGCUGCUGGGGUUAUGCUAGCUGCUUCUUACUGGUCCCUGCUGGCACCAGCGAUUGAGAUGGCAGAGUCCUCUGGGACCUAUGGAACGUUUUCCUUCCUUCCAGUGGGAGCGGGCUUCACACUUGGAGCGGCAUUUGUUUACUUGGCUGACCUAUUGCUGCCCUCGCUGGAACUAUGAACCUGGGCAUGGAAAGACAGAAAAUAAAAAGCAGAACGAUAAGAUGGAAAACAUAUGCUGCAAUUUGAGCUUGAAGAAUGAAGGCAGUGGAUGAGGUGCCAAUCCAAUUGACUGCUUUGUUUUGGCUGGCAUUUAGUUUCUUGAGUGUUGUUGGAGGUGCACUAAUUCAGACAAAUGGGGAAUGUUUCAUCACAUUCCUGAAUUUCUGCCAUUGAAUGUCAAGGAAAGAUGCUUAGAUUCUGCCUUGUUGUGGUUGCAUGAGUUGUUUGCUGAUCAGCUAAAUAUAUUUGAAGUUAAUGUGAAUGGGUGAAAUAUUUAAUAGAUCUGGGACAAACUUUAAUGGAAUGUGACUUUAUCCAGAUUUCAUGCAACUCGGUUUAAUGUCAGAAAGCGCCGAAUGACGUGGAUAGUUCCUUCAAUUAUAAGUAAUUAAAAUGGCCUCUAACAGUCACCUUGGGUUGCAGCCAGAUGCGUAUGGUCACCAAAGGAUUUUCAUUGUUUAACAACUGGUGUAAAAGAGAAUGCUAAACAUUUAGUGAUGCUUAGAAAACGUAUGAAGCAACAUCAAUGCUUUCCUCUGCAACUAAGACACGUUGCAAUGUGGAAACAGUAUUCACUUGGUGUUUGUUGAGCAUAAUUUAACUGUUUGACUGAUAGAUGAACGUGCAUUUUCCUGUGGUUCCUUUCGGAAGAUAUGUAUUGCUAGCAUGUUUUAAGUGGUAAUUAUCUUAUCUAGUGGGCCAUGGAAAUUCUUUCUUGUGUCUGGUUGAGAAGAUGGAUGAUGACACCCAGGCAAUGUAAAUAAGACCAGCUAGCUGAGGGAGAGGGUUUGUCUCUUAGUUCUGUCAGCCAUUAUAAACAUAAAGAGGGAAAGGUCAGUUGCAAGACAUUUUGAAACUGGGAGUAUUGCGAAGUACAGAAUGUUUCGUACUGGCCAUAAACCAACAAGAUGUCUGAUUUGUAAUCUGUGUUUGGAAUUAUUUGAGUAACUGAAUUACCUUUGACCUCUGCUAGCUACUGGAUGUGAAAUAAAAGGCAUUAUGGAAAAGUCUGCUAUUUGGUAUUCCGCAAGUACAGUUCAUUUGUAAAGCUUCUAAAACGGUGACCAUUAAACCAGGCAGAUUGCAAAUACAUGCACCACUCUUAAUUGUAAGGGAUUCUGCAUAAUUUUACGUGUACCAGUUUGUUACUAGUG